CAAGCAUGGAGGCUGCCUGUGCCAUUCCUCCAGUGCCCUCCUCCUCUUCAUCACCUCUGAAUGCUCUGAUGCUCUCCUCCCGGCUGCAGACCCCCCUUCAUAGCUGUCCUUGAAUGAAGGGAGUGAAGGAUUUCUUCAACUACCAAAGAUGUUCCAUCAAGCAUUUAUUCUGCUCACAGCAGUUGCUAGUAUAGUGGCUUGCCUCCCUCAGCCACAAAACCUGGAAAAGCUUUCAGAAAUUCCGAGCAUUACAAACCCCAUUCCAGAUAUUAAAGCAAAUGCAAACAUACAACAGCCAACAAAAGGAAUUCUAGCAAAAAUUAAAUAUAAAGGAAUCCCCACUGUAGGAAACAAACCUGUUCGGUUGCUGGACCUCCAACGUCGCAUAAGCAGAUUAGAGGCAGUUCUCAAACUGGAAGAAAAGAUCAAAGUGGUAGGUGGCAAAAUGAUUGCCACCAGUGGAAAAGAAGUAGACUUUGCAACAUCCAAGUCUAUAUGUAAUAAUGUUGGUGGACAGAUUGUCACUCCCAUGAAUGAAGUGGAGAAUGCUGCUGUCUUGGCAUUUGUGAAGAAAUAUAACAGAUAUGCAUACCUAGGAGUGAGAGAGGCAACAAUACCUGGCAUUUUUAACUAUAUAAAUGGAAUCGCUGCAGUUUACACGCAUUGGAGAAAAGGUGAACCAAGUGGCAAAGGAACUGAGGGCUGCGUUGAAAUGUAUACAGAUGGACAGUGGAAUGAUAAAGCUUGUAACCAAAACCGUCUAAAUAUCUGCGAGUUAUAAAAAUCUAUUACUAGCACUCAGAUUUAAGAUCUCUUAUGGCAUUUACUGUACUAAUUGAAAAGUUAUCUCACAUGAAGCUUACUUCUGCUCUGCAGGUUUUUAGCAUGAGCUCAAAA